AUGCAAUUUUGGAAAUAUUCAACAAAUGCAUUAGCUACUUUAUUAGCUAUUAUAUCAAUAACAAAUGCAAGUGGACCCAGUGAAGGUGAAGCCAUUGCUGAUCCAAAUUCAGCAGUUGUAAAAUUAACUACAGAAAAUUUUACUAAUUUUUUAGAAGAAAAUCCAUUAGUUUUAACUGAAUUUUUUGCACCAUGGUGUGGAUAUUGUAAAAUGUUAGGUCCAGAAUUUUCUCAAGCUGCUAAUUUAUUAAAUGAAAGUUAUCCAAAUAUAAAAUUAGCUCAAAUUGAUUGUACUGAAGAUGAAAGUUUAUGUAUGGAAAAUGAAAUAAAAGGUUAUCCUACUUUAAAAGUUAUUAGAAAUGGUGAUUCAAAACAAGCAGAAGAUUAUCAAGGUCCAAGAGAAUCUAAAGGAAUUGCUGAUUAUAUGAUUAAACAAUCUUUACCAUCUGUACAAGUUCCUGAAUCUUGGGAAUCAUUAGAAAAAUUAAUUGGUGAACAAACAAAACCAUUUAUUUUAAAAGUUGAUGGUAUAGUUGAUGAUAUUUUUGAAAAAAUUGCAACUACAAAAAGAAAUGAUUAUUCAUUUAUUGAAGUUAGUAAAGAUUAUCUUAAGAAGUUAGCAAAAAAAUUAAAUAUUGAUUUAAAAAAUGAUUCUUAUUUAAUUGUUCAUCCAGCUAAUGAAAUUUUUGAAACUAUAAAAUAUACUGGAGAAAAAACUUUAGAAAAAUUAACUGAUUUUAUUAAUAUUGAAAGUUUACCAUAUUUUGGAGAAAUUGAUAGAGAUUCAUAUAUGAAAUAUAUGACAUCACCAUUACCAAUUGCUUAUUAUUUUUAUAAAACUCCUGAACAAAGAGAAAGCAUCGCUAAAGAUUUAAGUAAUUUAGGUAAAAAAUAUAGAGGAAAAUUAAAUUUUGUUGGAUUAGAUGCUAAUUUAUAUGGUAGACAUGCAGAAGCUCUUUCUAUGGAUGCUGAUAUUGUACCAUUUUUUGCUAUACAAAAUUUAAAUGAAAAUAAAAAAUUUGGUAUAAAUCAAAAAGAAAAUCCAGAAGGUCCAUCAAUUAAAAUCAUAGCUGAUUUUAUUGAAGAUUAUUUUGGUGGUAAAUUACAACCAAUUAUAAAAUCUGAAGAAUUACCAACUGAAGAAGAAAUUAAAACAAAUCCAGUUGUUAAAUUAGUUGCUCAUAAUUAUAAAGAUAUAUUAGAUCAAAAAGAUAAAGAUAUUUUUGUUAAAUAUUAUGCUCCAUGGUGUGGACAUUGUAAAAAAUUAGCUCCAACUUGGACAGAAUUAGCCGAGAUAUAUGAAUCAAAUAAAAAUAAUAGUGAAGUAUUAAUUGCUGAUAUUGAUCAUACAUUAAAUGAUGUUGAUGUACCAUUUGAAAUUGAAGGUUAUCCUACUUUGUUGUUGUUUCCAGCAAAUGGAGAAAUUGAUGAAAAAACAGGUAUAAGAAAACCAAAAGUUUUUCAAGGUCAAAGAGAAUUAAAUUCAUUAAUUGAAUUUAUAAAAGAUGAAGGUUCUUUAAAAAUUAAUGGUAAUGAAUUGUUAGAAAAAUUAAAAACUGAAAAAGAUGAAAUAAAAGAUAAAGUUGAUGAUAUUGUUGAAGAAGGUGAAGAAGAUGUUGAACAUGAUGAAUUAUAA